GGCAGUAGUCCUGCUCAUGCAUAAAUACCAGAUCAUGAAUAUAAAACUGCCAUUUAGAUCCUCUAGCUUUCACUUUCUAUGCUUUUAGAUUUCUCAAUCCAGAUUUGAUCAAACUAAGGCAUGGACAUCAGGGCACAGUUAGAGGAGCGACUGACAGAGUAUGUCAAGGACACACUCAGUUACAUUGAGACCGUAAGGGUCUUCUGUGACCAAGAACCGACAUGGACCUCUGAGAGAAAGGACGAGCGUGAGAAGUUGAGAGACAUCAGUGAAAAUCAGCAGGAGGAGGAGGAGGAGAAGAAGGAGAAGCUCAGCGCCGUCCUCAAAGACACAUUAGAGGGUCUGAAGAAACUUGAGCCGUUCCUGGAUGCAGUGGAGAAGCUAGCAGCGACCUCGAGCCAUGUCUUUAAUGAACAGAUCUUCCUGCUGCAGGGAAAGAGCCCUGAAAGUGUGCAGUCAGUCAUCGCAGAUGCCAGAAUAGAUGCUCCUCUUCUCAUCCACUUCAAACGAAAUGCAGAAAGCUUCUUCCAGCCUCUACUCCAAAAUGUGAAUAUCCUGGUCUUUCAGCUAAACAGCUACUACGUACUCAAAACAGAGCAACUUUGUAGCAGAAUAAGACAAAAUUCAGUUGAGUGUGCAGACAUCUAUAAAUAUAAAAUGGGUCAACCUUCAGUGGAGCUCAUUUUGAACGCAAGCGAGAACGCCAUGAAUCAAAUGCUUGAUCAUUUGAAUCAGUUGUGUGAAAUCAGGAUGAACCAGCACACCCGGCUGGCGUUCCUCUUUCAGGACGAUGCUCAGAAAUUCAUUGACGUGUUCGGUGAACGUCGCUCUAAAAUGUGGCAGUUCCUGUCACAUCUGGAGCAGACAGCCGUUAAGCUGGACUUGAUGAAGAAGGGGGCCAGUAUAUCCACUGUGGCUGGUAGUUCAGUGGGGAUUGUAGGGGGUGUCUUGUCUCUUAUUGGAAUCUUUCUUGCCCCGUUCACUGUAGGAGCAUCAUUGUUUGUCACUCUGGCAGGGGCCGGUCUGGGGGGCAUUAGUGCACUCGAUUCUAUUGUAACAGGGAUCACUGAAACAAAGGUCAACCAACACCAGGAGCACAAUGCACAAAGUUAUUUAAAUAGUUACAAGGAUGAUAUGAUAAAGAUUGAAGACUGUUUGAAAGAAGCGGCCAACAGUGAAGGACCUUUAGUGAAGCCUACUGCAGUUGAUGCUAAGACCAUUUUAACCAAUACUGGAGAAGGGUUAAAAGAGUUCCUGAAUGUGGCGGAUGCAGCUGCAGCUAUUAGAGUAUAUAAAAGUGAAAAAGUAACUGCAGCAGCAACCGAGAUCACAAUGCAGGACUUAAAUACGGCCAGUGACGUACCGCAGGUGGCUACAUUCCUGUCUAGGACAAGGCUGCUGGCAAACGUUAAAACAUUGAGGAUCGUAAAGGUUGUUAGAGGUAUAUCUGGCUUAGUAAAUUUAUUCUUUAUUGGCCUGGAUGGCUAUUUUAUUGCCGAAGAAAUUAAAAGUCUUGCAAAAGGGAGUGAGAGUGAGGUCUCUAAGCUCAUGCGCUCCAGGGCAGCUCUGUGGAAAUCUGAGCUGGAGGCCUGGGAGAAAAUGCACGAUUCCUUAAGCAUAGGAAUAAAGACGAUUAGCGAGAGUAAGCAUACUUUGGAGAAACCAUUUCUUCCUUAGUUCUAUCAUGACAACUCUCUGGAGAUUUUAGCAUGGUAAUGGAUAUGACAAUGUUAAUAUCGAU